AUGAAGCUCUGUCUGGUGCUCAUUAUUUUGCUGUUUGUGAUACUCACAGAUGGGGCACAACCCCAAAAAUGCUUUGAUGGUAUCGAUGGCUACUGCAGGAAGCGCUGCAAACCAGGGGAAAUUUCUGAAGUGGAGUGUCCACAUGAGAAAAUGUGUUGCGUUAAUGAAGAGGAAAAGAAAACAUUGGGGGAACAUACUCCUCUAUUUAAACCACUUUUUCUAUCACUGGACCAAGACGAUGUUGCUGAAUCACAUAGUAACAAAUUUGCGCCAUAUGAAACAACAGACUAG